AGAGAGAGAGAGAGAGAGAGAGAGAGACAGAGAGGGAGAUGGACAACCUGCUCGACCGAGCGCUGGGGCUGGAGGAGGGACGCGGCGACCGGUGGCCUCUCCUCGGGAAGCUGGUCCUCGUCGAGGACUGCGUGGAGACGGGCGGAGCGUUCGUCGUCCACCACAUCAUCAAGCGCUUCCUCCUCUCGCCUCAGCCCCCUGCCCUUUCCAACAACGCCCUCAUCUUGGUCGCCUUCUCUCAGCCUCUCUCCCACUACGAUCGCGUCCUCCGGAAACUGGUGAUCUCUCUGCUCUCUGCCUCUCUCUCGCUCGCUACUGGCAAUGGGUCGGUGCUGGUGAUAGCCUCGGGCUGCAAUUUAGUUGCCCAAAGGGAUAACAACAGAUUUUUGUUCUUCGACAUGCUCAAUCUCCGCUUCCCAGACAAAGAUGAUGCGAAAACUGGAAGCAGCAUUCUUGUUUCGCUGUUUGAGAAGAUAUACAACGCUGUCCGUGCCUUAUCUGCGGAGAAGAACUGCAUUACCAUUGUGAUAGAUGAUAUUGCCCUUAUGGAGGUGGUGGCUAAUGGUUCUUCAGAUAGCGUCUUGGACUUCCUGCACUACUGCCGCACUUUAACGUCAGAAUUUGAUUGUUCAGUAGUUGCUCUCAAUCAUGGGGAUAUCUACUCAAGCAUGGAAAAGCCUAUGCUAAUGUUGAAUCUGGAGUACCUAUCUAAUAUUUUGGUGAGAGCAGAACCUUUGGCCACAGGUUCAGCAGUUGAUGUGCACGGACAGUUGAUGGUUUUCAAUAAGGGUGAGCGUGACAGGCAGGGGACUCCGGGCAGCAAGAUACAUAACUUCCAUUUCAGGGUCAGGGAAAAUAGCGUGGACUUUUUCUAUCCCGGAGGCCGUGGCUGAUGAGAGCUGUAGCUGUUGGAUAAGGGAAACAUAUAUCAUCUUUCACAUGUGCAACAAAGGGGUCAACUGGCAAUUCUUGUUACCUAUCUGACGCACAAAAGCUGUUAUUUACAAGGAUGCAAAAAUUGUUAUGGGAAAGUCAUGAUAACAACAAUUAGAUAGAUCUAUAGGCUGACUUGAUGGAAAGGUCUUCUUUUGCAUAUGUUCUAGUCAGACUCGUCACGGAAUCUGAUCGCUUUUGAGAAUAUCUUUGUUGAUGGACCAUUCUAAAUUGAUCAAGGAACUAUGAUCCCCAGUUUGCAUCUGCA